UUGUCUGUGCAUGUUGUUGUGUCUCCAGUACGACCACGUGCAAACUACUGCAAGACUGUUUGACUGGAAAGUUUUAGUAAGUUUGUCGUGUCUUUUGACAGCUGCCCGACCGGGAAGUUCUUGCUUAUGGUCCUUUCUGUUCCCUGAAUCAGAGUGACUGCUUCGUCUGGUGCGAACAGAACUGAAAAUGGAGCCUUUUUCUGACCAGUUCAUGGAGUUCCACCCCAUCCAUGGUACCAAUGUCAGACUGGACCACUCAGGGACCCAGGCCACCCGGGUGGAGAGCUUUGCAAAUGGAGUGUGUUUCAGCAAACAUCCUCUGAAGCCCGGGGAGAUUUUUCUCAUUGAGAUCGAGGAUAAGGAGCUGGGCUGGUGUGGCCACCUCCGGGUCGGCCUGACUGCCAGGGACCCCAGGGGCUUAGAGGCGGUACCUGAAUACUCCAUCCCGGACCUGACAGACUUGGGAGACAGCUGGGUAUUUGCCAUCACUCGCAACCACAACAAGAUCAUAGAAGACGCUGGAGCAGAGGGUCAAGAGGGCGGAGACGGAGGACUGCAUGAGGGCCACAGGCUCGGACGAGGGGAGGUAGAAGAUGGAGCUGGAGGUGGAGAUGGAGGAGGAGACGACAACAACAAACCAAAGACUUUCUUCACUGAUACUCACCUGUACAUUGAGAGCGUUCGGAUCCCCAGAGACAAGCUGGUUGGCCGGAGCAGGCCCGGGCGCUACAGCCACAUUCUGGAUGACUUGUAUAAGACUAACGCCCUGCCUCCCACAGCCAGACGCAGCCGGAUAGGAGUGCUGUAUGUGCCGAAAGGGCCAGACCUGGCCGACAUGCACAUUGUGAUCAACGGUGAGGACAUGGGAGCUAGUGCAAAGGGGAUCCCCGCCGUCCAGCCUCUCUACGCUGUGGUGGACGUCUUUGCUGCCACUAAGUGUGUCCGAAUUGUCCAGGUGGAGUAUGGAUUCUCGUCCUUGCAGACGUUGUGUAGGAAGGCCAUCCAGAAGCACAUUGUCCACAGGAUGGCCAUCGACUGGCUGGAGCUGCCAGAGGCUCUUAAGCACUACUGCAAGUAUGAAUGAAGGAUAUGGACCGGCAAUGAACAGAAACAGCAUUUAUGAGCUCUCUACCACCACUUUGUACCAAGGAUAUCAUUUCCAUGAUGCUUCAUUAAUAAAGUAAAGCUAACAGGGUUAUACACUUGAUACAU